GUGAGCACUGGUUUCAUCCUCCUCGACGUCUAUACGACUGCUGAAUUGAUUGUUUUAGAGAGAGAAGAAAUAGAAAGAAAGGAAAAGAAGGCGAGAUGGGAAGCGCUGCACCACCAGCCCAAAUACCCACAAGCUUUGGUAAUGAGUUGAGGGCUUGCCUUCGUUGCCGUCUCGUCAAAACCUACGAUCAGUUUAGAGAAUCGGGUUGCGAGAACUGUCCCUUCUUCAAGAUGGAAGAGGACAACGAACGUGUUGUCGAUUGCACCACCCCUAAUUUCAAUGGGAUAAUUUCAGUCAUGGAUCCAGGUAGAAGCUGGGCUGCUCGUUGGCUGCGAAUUGGUAGAUUUGUACCUGGUGUCUAUACUCUUGCUGUCUCAGAGACUCUUCCGGAAGAUUUGCAGAAUUUAUGUGAAGAUGAACGUGUGCAAUAUGUUCCACCCAAGCGUGUUUGAAUUAGCUUUUCCGUUUCGAUCCAGUGUAUGAACAGCUUAGUUUGCAUCAUUGUUUUACCUGUGAUGUUUGAAUAUUUCAAAAUUUACACAGGUGCAAUAUGUUCCACCCAAGCAUGUAUGAAUUAGCUUUUCCGUUUUGAUCCAGUGUAGGAACAGCUUAGUUUGCAUCAUUGCCUUACCUGUGAUGUUUGAAUAUUUCAAAAUUUACAUAUUGCAGGAAACUAAUAGUUCGUGUUUA